GAAAAGGCGGGGGGAAAAGUCAUGUGAUAAGGAAGGUUGUCCUUUUUUCUUUUUUAAAGGAGCUCCUUUUUUUUAAACAACAACAACAACAAAAAAACCUCACGUGAUCUGAUCCGACUGUUCAAACUGAGGGGAGAAAGGCCGGUGGAUCUUCCUUAUUCCCAGCCAUGGGAUCCCAGCAGCAAUCUUAUGCUGAUACAGCUCCAAUUUUAACCCAGGCAGAUGAUACUGAAGGUGAAGGAAAAGACGAUCCUCAGCCAGGGCACAUAGGGAAAGAAGAAGUACAGGCCCUGACAGGGAUAUCCUCUCAACAUGCAGGCCUUAUUGUGGGGGUACUCUUUUUUAUUAAUCUACUGAACUACAUGGAUCGCUUCACUGUGGCUGGUGUUCUUCCUGACAUUGAGAAAUUUUUUAAUAUAGAUGAUAGCAAAUCAGGACUGCUACAGACAGUUUUUAUUAGCAGCUACAUGGUACUGGCACCUAUUUUUGGUUACUUGGGUGAUCGUUACAAUCGUAAAUAUCUGAUGUGUAUAGGAAUCUUCUUCUGGUCUAUUGUGACUCUAGGGAGCAGCUUCAUCCCCAAGCAGUUCUUCUGGAUGUUGCUACUUACACGAGGCCUAGUGGGUGUGGGAGAGGCUAGCUAUUCAACUAUUGCCCCCACCAUUAUUGCUGACCUGUACUUGGGUGACCGGAGAUCCCGCAUGCUUAGCAUUUUCUACUUUGCUAUACCUGUAGGCAGUGGACUGGGUUACAUUGUGGGAUCAAAGGUGAAAGAUGUGGCUGAUGACUGGCAUUGGGCCUUGCGGGUGACUCCAGGUUUGGGAGCCUUAGCUUUGAUAUUAUUGAUAACUGUAGUGCGUGAACCACCCCGAGGAGCUGUAGAGACACUCACUGAUGCUCCUCUUCAUUACACUUCAUGGACAGCUGAUUUGAGAGCCCUGAGCCACAACCGUAGCUUCGUGUUGUCAUCACUAGGAUUCACUGCCGUGGCAUUUGUAACAGGCUCCCUAGCAUUGUGGGCACCUGCAUUCCUGUACCGCUCACGGUUGGCCAUGGGAAAUCUCCCACCUUGCCCUAGUGGUAAGGUAUGUCAUGCAGACACUGAUAGCCUUAUCUUUGGUAUUAUCACUUGUGUGACCGGCGUCCUGGGCGUUACUGCUGGAGUGGAGAUUUCAAGACGCUGGCAUCGCAUCAAUCCCCGUGCUGAUCCCCUAGUGUGUGCCAUUGGUCUGCUUGGUUCUGCCCCCUUCCUGUUCCUGGCUGUCAUCUUUGCUCAGCAGAGCAUUGUUGCCACUUAUGUAUUUAUUUUUAUUGGUGAAAUACUCCUUUCCCUCAACUGGGCCAUAGUGGCAGACAUUCUUCUGUAUGUUGUCAUCCCAACUCGCCGUUCCACAGCUGAAGCUUUUCAGAUUCUGUUGUCCCAUCUUCUGGGUGAUGCAGGGAGCCCUUAUCUUAUUGGUUUGAUUAGUGACCAAAUCCAGAGCGAUCGCCCCGUUUCAUUGCUGUCACAGUUCCGAAGCCUGGAAUAUGCACUUAUGGUCUGCAGCUUUGUGGGUGUUAUUGGUGGUGGUUUCUUCCUCGCUACGGCUUGUUUCAUUCAGGCAGAUCGUAAACGGACAGAGCUAUAUGCACAAGGUCAGCUGCACGAGUCUUUGGAAGGGGAGGAUCGCAUUGUUGUUCCUCAGCGUGGGCGAUCAACAAAAGUUCCUGUCUCCAGUGUCCUUAUCUGAAGUUUCACCGCAAUUCUGCUUCAGUUUUGGAAACUUCAACAGAUUUGUAUUUAGCAGUUGAGGAAACAGAGAGAUAAGAGAGAAACUCUCUUAAAGGCACCAAGGCAGGAUUAUGGACAACAGGACAUGAAAUCACAAUUUUUUGCUAUGUAUAUAGGACUUUUUUAUAAAUCACAAACACUAUUCAGAGUUGUGUGGUGUUUCUCAGAUGAAUGAGGGUGAAAUAGCAAAAAAACCAUCUACUUAAUUUCCAACUUUUAUUUGGAUGAUUUUAUUUUUAUUUCAUUUUUUUCCCCUGCAUUGUGAAAUUCAAAGCAACUUGCAAAAGGUUUACAAAAUAACUGAAAAAAUCAGUCUUCAAUAGCCUUGGGUUUAAGAAAAAUGAAAUCUUCCAGAUCACAUCUAUGUUUUCAUACGAAAGGCUUUUAUUUACAGUCUCCCUUCAUAUAUUUUUACAGAAUUUUUGGAUCUCCAUUUUUACAAACCUAUGAAAUAUUCUGAUAGAAGCUGACCAUCUAGAUGCCCCUUGCUUCCCCCACCCCAGGAGAAAACCAGUAUUCAUGACAAAGUCUGUGUUAGGAGGUGCUCUUAAAAGAUCACACUGUAACGUAUCAGUUAUAUUUUACUUGAGAAACUAAAAAGGUUUGCAUCUCUAUUAAGAUGUCAUUGUCUACUUCUGAAGUAUGAAAACUUGCAUGAAAAACAUUGCAUAAAUGGUUGUAGCCUCAGACUCCUAUUUAAUAUUUUUGUUCCUAACUUAUCGUUGCUUUUGAACAUUGGAAUGAAUGAAGAUGGACAAGGUUUGGAUGAUUGAUAUCUUGUUUUGCACAACCAAGUCUUUUUUUGGGGGGGGGUGGGGUAUCAUCCAAAACCUGAUUAGUUUCAGCUCCCUCUCUUACUUUUCAAUGCUUACUGUUAUAUAUUACUUGCAGUUCUCCUGGCAAUCUGGCUUCUGCUCCUGGCGUUAAGUGCAGGAGUUUGUUUCAUUUGUCACUUUGAAGUGUAAUGUAGUUGCUAGCUGCAUUUUGUCUUUACUUUGAGGAGAAGAAGCUUAAAUAAAAAGGCUUCCUGCAAAGACAUCAGUGAAAGACAGUGGUUGCACUUUAACUAUAGGUGAGUUUUUUAAUAAUUUGUAAUGUAAAUGGAUUAGAACCAUUACAGUCAAUUAUGGAUUAAUUUCAGUAUGCUUCAAUGUAAAAUCAAAUGUAGAAAAAUGAGUUGUAAUUGAAAUUAAUUUCUCCUGGCCUGAUAUCUUAUAAAUAUUUUGAAUUAAAUUCAAUCCUCAGCCAUACUGACCGAUCAUUAUGAUACAGCGAUAACAUUAAGACCACUAGUGUGCUUAAGUCUCCCUUAAGCUGAUGGGGAAAUGUUACAGUCUGCAGCUUGUGUAUUUUCACCUAAAAAUUUCAUUCCUUUUUUUUCUGUUGUCUGUGUUAAAUGCAAACUAUUUCUUCAUUCAUCUGAAAAAUGUGGGUUUGGCUUGCACCACAAUAAAUUAAUUCAUUUUUAAAAAUUUUUGGAGCAACUGUUAUUAAUUUACAUUAGUGGUUUCUUCUCAGAUAUUAGAGGUGGGAAUAAUUUGUUAUCAGAUUAGAUAAGGUAACUCUUUUUUAACAGAAUUUCCAAAUUCUCCAAGGCAAAACCAUAUGAAAUUUCAUCUGAUAGCAAAUGUAAAACUUAUAUGAUUAUGUGCUUUAACUGGUUUUGUUUAUAAACAGAUCUUUGGAGUAGUAAAAGCGUGAUUGCGAUAUAGAACUUAAGACUUACGUACCGCUUCAUAGUGCUUUACAGCCCUCUCUGAGAGGUUUAUAGAAUCAGCAUAUUGCCCCCAAUUAUCUGGAUCCUCAUUUUACCAACCUCUGAAGGAUAGAAGGCUGAGUCAACCUUGAGCCGGUCAGGUUUGAACUGCAAUUCUAACCACUAUGCUACCAGGCCUCAGGUCCAAAAUCAUAUUUUCCUUAAUGCAGAUUUUAGUAUAUUGUUUGACUUGUUAAUCAUUUAUCACUUUUAAACUUCUUUUCAGUUUGAAUGCUGUCUUGACCUUCCUUUGAUAUCUUGAACUUGAAUGUCAAUGUUAGUUUUACAGGUGCCUGGUGAACCUUUUACGUGAACCAUGAUCAUUGUGGCUUGCUGUUUUGAAUUCCAGGUGGGGUGGGAGAGAAGGGAAAAAGCACAGAAUAAUGUGUAGAUUGCUACAAUAAAAUUGGUGCAGAAAUAGGAGGAUAUGAUUAGUAAGAAUGUUUCUGGAUUUGCAGUUUGGUGUUGUUUGGUGUAAGUAAGAAACAGCAUAGUGUUUCAAUUCUGGUAAGUACAACUUUUUACCAAGCUCACUGAUACAUAAAGUCUUAUGAAACAGACUGCAGUUUGCAGACUUUUUAUAUACAGUAAUCUGAAAUGCUUAACACUUUUCCUGGACUGAACCAUUUUUGGAUAUUUGAGGGGAGGUGCAUGCUAAAAAGUCAUUAUGCAUGUAGCAUAAUACCAAAAUUAAAGGAAGACAAAGUCAGCCCUUCUAAGAAUUUAAAAAGAUGCAAUAGACAACUCUUGUGUCUAUCUCAUCUUCAUAAGUGAAUGACACUCUUUU